UCAGGGCUAUAGCAUGGCCCUGGGGUGGGACCUGUUCUCCCAUCCCUUGCCUCACGUCCCUGUUUUUGUUUGUUUGUUUGUUUGUGACGGAGCCUUGGUCUGUUGCCCAGGCUUGAGUACAAUGGCACAGUCUCGGCUCACUGCAACCUCCGCCUCCUGGGUUCAAGCAAUUCUUGUGCCUCAGCCUCCCGGGUAGCUGGGACUAUAGGCAUGCACCACCACGCCAGGCUAAUUUUUUUUUUUCCAAGAUGGAGUCUUGCUCUGUCGCCCAGGUUGGAGUUUAGUGGCACCAUAUUGGUUUACUGCAACCUCCGCCUCCCGGGUUCAAGCAAUUCUCCUGCCUCAGUCUACCAGGGAGUUAGGACUACAGGCCUGUGCCAUCACGCCCGGCUAAUUUUUCUAUUUUUCAUAGAGAUGAGGUUUCACCAUGUUGGCCAGGCUGGUCUUUAACUCCUGAACUCAAGUGAUCCACCUGCCUCGGCCUUCCAAAGUGCUGGGAUUACAGGAGUGAGCCACUGUGCCCGGCCACAUCUCUCUUUUUAAUACUAACAUUACCCUGACCUUUGAAUGGAGAAUGCCCUUCUGUUGCAGGAAAACCUCUUUCCAAACCGUGUUUGUCCUUUGCUGGCAUGCCACAGCAAGAGUCACCAACACAGAAGACUUCUGUGACCAAAUAUUUGGAGGAUUUUCCCCACACACACCAAGCAGCAGACAUCAGCUGGGUGUCCUCCAAUUCAGUUCCAAUGUAAUCAACCAGAGACAGCAUCAGAUCCCACAGGGUUAGGGUGCAGACCCAUGAGACCACCCCCUCCUUCCCAACGGUUACAAGUCCUGAUCCCUGGAACUUCUGACUAACUGGCUUCAAGUUGGAGUUCCCAUGACCCCCUUCCCCUCUUUGGAGUCAACUCAUUUGCUACAGCGACCCACGAAACACAGGGAAACCCUUAUUAUGUUUAUUGCUUUAUUACAGAGGAAAAAAAUUUUUUUCUUUCUUUUUGAGACAGGGUCUCACUCUGUCAUCCAGAAUGACUGCAGUGGCAGCGUCUGGCUCCAUCACCCAGGCUGGAGUGCAGUGGCAUGAUCUCGGCUCACUACAGCCUCCAUCCCCCCAAACCCCACGCCUCAGUGCCCCACCCCGCCAGUGGCUGGGACUCUAAACAUACACCACCACACCCAGCUAAUUUUUUUGUAGUUUUUGCAAAGACGGGGUCUCAUUCUGUUGCCCUGGCUGGUCUUGAACUCCUGAGCUCCAGCAAUCCCCUUGCCUUGGCCUCCCAAAGUGCUGGGAUUACAGGCAUGAGCCACCGUGCCCAACCUCAAAGGAUAUUUUAAAGGAUAGAAAUUAACAGCCAUAUGAAGAGAUAUAGACGGGGCAGUCUGGAAGGGCCCAGAGCAGGAGCUUCUAUCUCCAUAGAGUUGGGGUUACAUCACCCUCCAGGCACAUGGAUGAGUUCUUCACUUUCUGUCAGCCUCCACACGUUCAGCUCUCAGAAGCUUCCCGAACCCUGUCCUUUGGGCCUUUUACGGAGAACUCCACUGGCUGUCCAUGACUGAAGCAUGGACAACUGUGAUAAUGUGAUUGGGCAAAAAGGGUCUGAUCUGAGCCCAGCAAGGCCAGUCCAGAUUCUUUGGGCCUUUGUGCAGCAUUCCUUUCUCCAGGGUAUGGGGCAAGGACCCACUCUGGAAUGAGGAUCCUACAACCCACAAUCAGAUUAGAGUCCUGCCUUGGGCAGCUGAAAAAAGGACAGGAGAAGGUCAGAGAGAGGAAAGGUUGUUUUUUGAGGCCUGAGGCGCCCCAACAUGACAACGAAAGACUGUAACCAUGGUCAUGUGAGUUAUGAGCUAGGAACCCUGGAUGAAACCGACACAUAUACAAUCAUCUCCCACCUCCCAACGCCUUUACUUUCACAGCCUCUGCAGCAAACUGCGGUCACUAUAAUCGCUCCUGUGGCACAGAGGCAUACCCAGGGGAAUCUGCCCAGGGGGCCACUCUGUGCCCACGUGGGAACCCACACAUGCUUGUAAAGCCUCCCCUCCCUCUGACCAGAAACGAGGACAGUUUGUUGUUCCAAGCAGUGGGCUCAUGUCUGUUUUGGCUCAGAACAGGGUGGGGAGAGCGGGCCAGGGACCCACAGGAGGGCUUAUCCUUGAGAUUGCGUGGGAGACACAACAAGGGGUGGGGGCCCGCAGGCGGGGCGGGGCGAAGCAGGUGAUAUCCAGCCCAGAGCCCCAGCCUCUCCCCACAGUCUCACCAUGGCCUGCACCAUGGUGCUCAUCACCGGCUGUUCCUCAGGUAUUGGCCUGCACUUGGCCGUACAUCUGGCUUCGGACCCAUCCCAGAGCUUCAAAGGUAUAGAUAGGUAGGGACAGGGAGGGAGAGAAGGGAAAAGCCCUUGGAGGCCAGAAGAGAAGUCAGAUCUUCCUCCUCUCCCAAAACCUCCAGUGUAUGCCACGUUGAGGGACCUGAAAACACAGGGCCGGCUGUGGGAGGCGGCCCGGGCCCUGGCACGCCCUCAGGGAUCCCUGGAGAGGUUACAGCUGGAUGUAAGGAACUCAAGCUCCCUGGCCGCUGCCUGGGAACGCGUGACCGAGGGCCGUGUGGACGUGCUGGGUGAGCCUCCUGGAAACAUACGGGCUCCUAGGAGCCUCCUCCGCCCUGUGUUGAAACCAGCAUGUCCCCAGGCCCCUGGAGCAUGAGGGGACAGGCCGUGCUGAGGGUGAUGCUGAGGUGGGCUGGUUGGGCCUCUGUCCCCGCAGUGUGUAACACAGGCCUGGGCCUGCUGGGGCCGCUGGGGGAGGACGCCGUGGCCUCUGUACUGGAUGUGAAUGUAGUAGGUACUGUGCCGGUGCUGCAGGACUUCCUGCCAGACAUGAAGCGGCCGGGUUCGGGACGCGUGUUGGUGACUGGGAGCAUGGGAGGAUUGAUGGGUGAGUGGCAGGGACUGGGCCCCGGAGCUCCAGAUUCUUUGUGUGCAGAGCUGAGCCUUGAAGGCAGGCUCCUUAGGGGGUGGGGUGCCGUCAGCUUGGAGGGGCACUGCCUGCCGGGGGAUGACCCCCUGGCCGCUGCGCCUCAGGAACCUCGUCUUGCCACCCAAGGGCUGCCUUUCAAUGACGUUUAUUGCACCAGCAAGUUCGCGCUCGAAGGCUUAUGCGAGAGUCUGGCGGUUCUGCUGCUGCCCUUUGGGGUCCAGUGAGUCAACACCCCCGUCUCCUCAACCCUCUUAACUCUGACCUAGAGACCCCGAGCACCCUGUCCUGCGGAAGCCGCUCUGGUCUCUGCCCGGCUUACAUUUGCUGUGUGCCAGGCACUUAGGCUGGAGCAUUGGCACGCAUUGUGCCACUUGCUGACCUGGCUGCUGAAGUGUUGGUAUUGUUAUGGGGAAGCUCCAGCCAAGAGAGGUUAGGUGACUGCCCCAAGGUCACGCAGCGGCCGGGGACCCCGCCAGGUUCGAAUUCUGACACCAGGGCUUCCUGGCAGCCUCAGAUGGGUUUGGGAGGGCUGUCGAGCAAUAACCCGCUAUUCAAAUGUUCUGGUUAUCCCCAGCGCUCUUUCCACCUUCGGGACGCAGCGGUGCUGUUCCGGGUCGUGGCCAGGGCCGGGGUCGGGGCCGGUGCUGGGGCAGGGGAUGGGACUUGGCGCCUGGGUCGCCUCCGUCCGUGCCCACUUGCGGCUCUCGGGCCAGCAGCGUGAGCCUGAUCGAGUGCGGCCGUGUGGACACCGCCUUCAUGCAGAAGGUGUUGGGCGGUCCCGACCAGGUGAUGGACCGCACGAACACCCGGACCUUCCGCCUCUUGCACCAAUACCUCCACCACAGCAAGGAGAUCUACCGCAAGGAGGCGCGGCACCCUGAGGAGGUGGUGAAGGUGAGCGGGGGGCGGGACUCCGGGAGCGGGGGCGGUGCGUCCUCCUGCGCGCAGCCGGGGCCAGAGCUCUCCUCCCGCCGCCGCAGGUCUUCCUCACCGCUAUGCGCGCCCCGAAGCCGACCCUGCGCUACUUCACAACCAGGCGCUUCCUGCACCAGCUGCUGAUGCGCCUGGACGACC